UUUCAAAGUACGAGAUUAAAAGGGGAGAUAUAUAAACCUUGGUUGGAGAAGACAGAUCCUGCGCAAAGAUGGGCUAGAUGGAUUACGUUGACGAGUAUUUUCAUCGGUCUGGCCGUUGCGGGUAUUCUGUGUUGGGACGGCUACGCCUCCGUCCCCAGCGUGGGAAAACUAUGUCUAGUCCUCAACGAUGAUUUUUCCAACGGUAUCGAUCCCUCUUUAUGGACACACGAAGUUCGUUUAGACGGAUACGAUCAUGGUGAAUUCGAAUGGACAACUUCAUCCUCCAAUAACUCUUUUACUCAAGAUGGUAUUCUUUAUCUAGUACCUACUCUCACAUCCGAUCAACUUGGUGUCGAAGCAAUUACCAACGGAUACACUUUGAAUCUCACCGCCGAUGGAACUUGUACUUCUACCAACGUAUCACAAUGUGUGGCAAUAUCAAAUUCCUCCCGAUUAACAGUCAUAAACCCUGUACAAAGUGCAAGGUUAACCACCCGGAAUUCGGUUUCGUUGAAGUAUGGAAAAGUGGAAGUCAAAGCUAGAUUUCCAACUGGGGAUUGGUUAUGGCCUAGUAUCACUUUGUUACCUGUCAAUGAAACUUAUGGAGCUUGGCCAAGAAGUGGUCAAAUUGAUAUCUUAACGGCAAGGGGAAAUAACGCUUCGUAUCCUAAUCGAGGGGUGGAUUACGCUCAAUCGGAUCUACAUUGGGGACCCGAUACGGAUUUAGAUCGGUUAUACCUGACUUGGGGUUAUAGAGAACAAAGAAGAACUUAUUAUAAUCAGAAAUGGCAUACUUUUGGAUUAGAAUGGAAUGACAAGUUCAUGUGGACCUAUAUCGAUUCUCGUGUUUCCCAAGUCAUAUCUCUCCGAUUCAACAAAGAAAGCUUUUGGAAAAGAGGAAAUUUCCCAAGUACGAUAACUAACACGACCACUGGAGAUGUACAAAAACUUAUAAAUCCUUGGAUACAGAGUGAAAAUAACGUUGCUCCUUUUGAUCAACCAUUCUACCUCGUCUUAUCAUUAGGAGUAGGAGGAACAGACGGUUGGUUUCCUGAUGGAGAAGGAGGUAAACCAUGGUUAGAUGAUUCAGGUACUUCAAUGUCUGAUUUUUGGCUUGCAAAAGGUAAAUGGUGGGCUCAAAAUUGGUCUUCUGAUCCUACCGUCAGAGGAUUCGGUAUAGAUAGUGUCAAAAUGUGGCAAGUUUGUUGA